AUGCCGCAGAUAAUAUUCGAUCCUUUGGGAGGCUUGAACAGUUUUGUUCGGCAAAUACCGGUACCAACACUGAAUAGCUAUAUCAUACUAAGUGUUUUACUCACAUUCGGAAGCAUCUCUUACGUUCCUGAUUUAUUCAAAGAUGAUGAAGUUUCAAUCAAUACAAUUUGCUCCUUUACGGCUAUUUUUUGCAAAGUACUCGUGUAUCUGGCAUUUGGUGAUCUUGCUGUGCAUGAAUCAACCAUUCUACGUGAUCGGCUUUGCAACUGGCUCUUAUAUAAAGUAUUAUUUUUAUUUGGUGUAUUGAACAGUACGGUUGUUGAAGAGCUGGUCGCUUGGAUUAUUUGGUUCGCUAUUUUGACCGUUUUUGCCGUUCUUCAAUUAGUCGCCGUUCAGAAACUCGAAUAUGUGAGUUCUUUUUUUUUUUCUGCGUCUUUACCAUCCAAAUCACUUCGGUUACGUAUUCUCAUAAUCGGUGUUGUCUCACUGUGCUCAUCAUGGAUUCUGACGCUCUUCAAUUUCUAUUGUUUUACAAUCUUACCAUUCAGUUAUUCAUUAUUCAUUCUUGCUGAUUUGUACUCGCAAAUUGUGUUGAGUAUAGCAUGUGUAGCGUUAUCAAUGCAAAUACGUUCCUUCUAUAAAUCACUUAGUACACGUAUCACACGUCAUCUCACGCAUCAACGCAUCACUGCACACAUUCUUUCACACUACCGAGAAGCGACGCAAGACGAGUUGUAUUCGUUAACGGAUUGGUGUGCAAUUUGUUGGGAGAAAAUGGAUUCGGCUCGUCGUCUUCCAUGUACCCAUUAUUUUCAUGAAUGGUGCUUAGUGGGAUGGUUAGAACAAGAUAGUUCAUGUCCAACGUGUCGUCUUAAUUUGCAGUCGUCUUUUAACGAUGAUAAUCUACCGAAUGCCACAAUUGCACCGAGAACCCACUUUUUUCAUUUUGAUGGUACCAGGAUCGCUGACUGGUUACCAUCGUUUUCACUCGAGUUCACUCAUAGUGGUUUUCCGCAUCACCCCAGAAACGAAAGAUUCAGUGGAAGUGAGAAUUCGCAGUUGAGCUCAAUGGCUGAGCAAGUUCGUGAAAUGUUUCCACAGGUGGACGUUAAUUCAAUCGUAAAUGAUUUGCGCAUAUCUGGCUCUGUAUCGGAAACUAUCGAAAAUAUUCUCGAAGGUCGUCUGCUCACUGAUUCGUCUGUGCUUGAACUUGAUGGUGACGAUAACGAGGAUGAAAUAGAUUCACAGCCGUUGGAAACGAAUCACGUUCUUUCCCCGUUGAUUGAUGCUGAAAUGGAUUUGAAUUUGGUCUCAACUGCAGCGAUUGAAUCGCCAGCACAGUCCACAUGGAAUACUCCAUCGACAAUCAGUCCAUGCUCGUCCUCUGAGGAACGACAAAGCUUUCUUUCGCAAAGGAGGCAUGCUCUUAUUGAGCAGAAUCGCCGGUUAACUUUUACUUCAUCUAUUUUGAUUAGAAUUUUAGAGUUAAUUGUUUUCUGA